ACAUUGCUGCUAAUGUCCAUUACCCUCUUGAAGAUCUCAUGCCGGACCUGGCCCCCCCGGUCUCGAGGCUCCGACCUGGCUCCUGAUGAGCGAGAAACAUGGUGGCGGCAGCAGCAGUGCAUAAACAACUUCCUCAGAUGUCCGGCCCGUGAUCUUUUCGUCUCUUUGGAAAUCUGA